AUGCAUCAGACCAGCUGCAAACUUCAGCUGAGCGCAGUCCUUCUACAAAGUUUCGGCCCAUUAAGCUCAGUACCUCGCCACACGCUGGGCCCACAACAGCUGGAUGAUGUUACGUCGCCCCCGGUCUAUGUUGUUAAUUGGACGCGACUGGAUACGAAAUUCUGCGUAAUACGUGCACUGCCAUCCACCGCUUUCUCGUCACAGGUUUUUAUUACCUUAUUCGGCUUUUGGAUACCAGAACACUUGAGGAAUCUCUUUAAGGAAGCAGCAGGAAAUCCUCUACAGCCAGCCUCAAACGGCACCAGGAUGCAGCCGUAUCUCCUCCCACGGACUUCAGUCACCAGUUCCUCAUACCAUAGCAGAUUUCUUUCAUGGGCCUCUUCAAUCCCUUCUCCUGAUGCCACUGUCAGCUCGGCAAGCUACAGAUGUUUAUUCUCGCUAUCAGUUAACACUAGAUCUGGCCUCAGUCGAGGCACAAUAAUCUCCACUAGCAGUGUAGGAGUAACCAACACUCAUCAUUUGCUUGAGUCCUCUGACCUGGUCUUCUGCCUUGUGUCAGUCACACCAUGCUUCAAGAAGGCAAUACUUUGCAAGUCCGUCGAAGAUAUACUAGCACUUCUCGAAGCUGCUACCACAACCUCCAGAAUAAAGUUAUGCCUAAAGGUGUACCAGCCGUUCUGUAGCGCUUUCGGGCAGGAUGACACGCUAGCCCCAGUCAAGUCAAGAAGCACGCACAGUGGUAUCUAUCUAUCUAUCUAUCUAUCUAUCUAUCUAUCUAUCUAUCUAUCUAUCUAUCUAUCUGUCUCAGUCAGUUACUAUCUACCUAUCUAA